CCCCUUUCAAUCACGACCGUUCGCUCCGCGGUCCGGUCCUGCUAACUCUGGCGGACCGAACCUGCCUGUCCGAGCGGCUCCAGCCAUCACUUCCAUCACUUUCUUCUGGACCCAUCUUCAGUGCAAAACGCCGGAUGGUCACCAGAGGAAUCGAGCGUGAAGCCGUCAAUGCGAAGAAAGCGGAUCCAUGGCAAAGUGGCUGAAGGACUACCUCAACUUUGGCACCAAGCGUGACCCUCCUCAGCCCCCCCGGCCGGAUUACAGCGAGAGUGAGAUCCUUCGGGCCUACAGAGCUCAGAAGGAGCUGGAUUUCGAGGAUCCCUACCAGUGCUGUGAUAAGGAUCUCCCAAACGGCACCUUCACUCCAUGUAGUACGACACUGAGCCUGCCCUCGUUCCCUGCAUUCGGUUCACUGCUGCGUAACAGUCCAGAGCAGGUGAAAGUGGUUUCUCCCAAGCACAGACUAAUAAAAGUGGACUCUCAGGAGUUUGGCCACAGCAAAACACAGCUGAGUCCGGUGACUAUACACGAGGAGCCUGUGGUGCCUUCGGCCCCGGUAGCAUCGGACGCUGACACAGAUUACUCCGACCCGUUUGACGCCCGACCGGUCCCGAGAGUCAAAUCAACUCGGGAACCCAAAUCCUCCCCAACAGACUACUGCAGUUAUAUGGAGCCAUUUGAGGCUCAGAGGAUCAUUUCAGAAAUGCACCACAGGAGCGGCAGAUCCGGCAGUGGAGACGCAGGUCAGUUAUAUGACAAUCCAUAUGAGGAGAAAACUCGCGGGACCCGGCGAGCGGCUCCUGCAUCACACGUGCCUCAGUGGGCGGACGGUGGUCUUUCCCUGGUGGACAGCAGGGAGAGCCGCCUCCCGCAGAACGACGAGAGGCCGGCAGAUGAGUACGACCAGCCCUGGGAGUGGAAGAAGGACAACAUCUCCAAAGCUCUGGCUGUUCAGUUUGAGGGGGCAGAGCGAGAGCGCUCGCGUGUCCAGACAGAACAGAUCCGACUUGCCAAGACAGGCGGGCCCAUGUUUUCGGCAGAUUCCACCACGCUCCGGCUGGUUGGUGAUGCACUUCCUGUGUUGGGAGAGAGGGUGGAUCCAUAUCUGCCGUUGGAGAGUCAAGUGUGGUACCACGGAGCACUGAGCCGAGCUGAGGCUGAGACUCUGCUCACGCUGUGCAAGGAGAGCUCCUACCUGGUGAGGAAAAGCCAAACCAGCCAGAACGACUUCUCCCUUUCGCUCAGGAGUUGCAAAGGCUUCAUGCACAUGAAGUUCACACAGUGCGCCGACGGCCGCUUCGUGCUGGGGGAAAACAGCCCUCCCUUCUCCACCAUCCCGGAGGUCAUCCACUACUACACCACACACAAGCUGCCCAUCCGAGGAGCCGAGCACAUGUCCCUGCUGUACCCCGUCAUCGUGCAGACCCUCUGAUGCCCCCGCGUGUCCCUCAGUGCUACUGACGUACCCAAAUACUGCGUUCCUCCCGCAACGCCUUCCAGCUCUGGUGCCACUCUUUCAUUUGUCCAUGACUUCAGUCAGUAACGGCAGCUAAGACGAGACUGGUGCCUGUGGAUGAGCUGGCGCUCCAUACCAAGAAAAACAAUCACUCUCAGUGAUGCACAGUGUUUUUAGGGUUCUGAUACGAGGUCACUUUUACCUUAUUUGUUUUCAUCGUGGCAGAACAAAGCCAGGCAUGUAAACCUUUACUAGAGCUAGAUGGUAGCCCAUGCAGUAGUAAAUGUACACACUGUUAUCCUCUUGAGUGUUCAUGACCAAACGAGACCCCUGGACGGUGCGUCUGCUGAAUGUUCCGAUGCUGUCGCCGCUCAACUUGCUACGCGCGGAGGAACCCCCUCGAGCUGCUUGUGCCACACCUGACAGGACUCCUGCAAUACUAGCUUCAGACCGCCGGUGUUUUACUGGAAGCUUGUGGCUUAUUUACUGUGCUGUUUUAUAAGGAGUUAAAAUGUGUUGGAAAAUAAAAGUGAUGUCUGUUUCAUAAAUCUUUUCUUC